AUGGACUCAGGAUCACAGAAAAGAAUGGACGCAAAAGAUGUCAGUUCCGAAAAAACAACCGAUGCCAGCCCUUCCCCAGCCGUCGUGCGAACCAGCCAGCAACCACCAAACAGAAAUGGUGAAAACCUCAUGGACAGCAAGUUGAUUUGCUCAUUCGUGAUCUUCACUCUCCUCGGUAAUGCCUACGACGUAAUGCGCAAUAGUCACUGGGGUUUAGCUGCUCACUUGCUCUCCACAAUCACCGUUCUGUUUCAGAUCUUCUAUCUGAUAGGGAAUGUGGCAACUCACGGCCCGAGACUGCCACGAAGAGCCCUGGAUGUCAUGCUAGUCGUUUUGAUCCUGGAUAUGGUGGUUUCAUUCAUUAACUUGUAUUACCUUUGCUUUGGAUCGUAA